AUGGAACCCGCUGAGGCUUCUGGCUGGUUGAAACGAAGGUCCGAGACAACGGAGCCUGAGGCAGAGCCGAAAGCAAAGGGGCGAAGCUUUCGAAAGGAGAUCACCUCAGAGGAAUUGCUGACUUUUGGAAAGCACAAAGGCAAGACCUUCAAAGAAGCUUUGCAAAAGGAUCCCUGGUAUGCCAUUUGGUGCUCAGAUCUGCCAGAGCAAAGCUUGCCGAUGCGCCGCUUCUUGAAGUAUGCUGAGGACCAAGGUGUGGUUCAGCCUUCCAAACGCCCAAAACUGGAGCCGAAGCCGACCGAGGCCCCGUUGGACGUUGCAGAUGCCGCCAUCUUCGACAGCUUUGCCUUUGCGCCUGCUGUAAACCAGCCUGGGAAGCAUUCCGCGUUUUCGCCGCAUCAGCAACUGCCGACUUCGAAUGCAGUCUCAUCUCCAGGAAAUAUCUACCAGCAGCAAGCAACGCCCCAGAACUCACUUCCGAACCAACUCCAGCAACAUGCCAUGCCUCAGAUGCCUCAACAACACCCACAAACGAACCAAUACCAGCACCCGUCAGGACCACAGCAGAAUCAGCAGGCUGUGCCGCAGAUGCUGCAGCAAAACCAAUCACCCAGCCAAUACCAGUACCAAGCAGCACGGCAGUCAGGACAGCAUGUCCGACCUCCUAACCAGCAACAGAUACAACAGCCAAGCCCACAGCAAAGCCAACGGCCCAACCAAUUCCAGCAGGCACCAGCACCACAGAUGUUUCCACGAAAUCAAUCACCCAACCAAUAUCAGCAUGUGCCAGCAGCACAAUUUCCACCGCAGAAUCCGCCCUUGAACCAGCAGCAGGCUGCGCCUCAAAUGUUGGAGCAAAACCAGUCACCCAGCCAAUACCAGUACCAAGCAGCACGGCAGUCAGGGCAGAAUGUACCCCCGAACCAGCAAAGCCCACAGCAAAACCAACGGCCCAACCAAUUCCAGCAUGCGCCAGCACAAUUUCCACCGCAGAAUCCGCCCUUGAACCAGCAGCAGACUACCCCGCAGAUGCUGCAGCAAAACCAGUCACCCAGCCAAUACCAGUACCAAGCAGCACGGCAGUCAGGGCAGCAUGUACCACCUACGAACCAGCCAGUGCGACCGCAGAUGGGUCAUGUAGCCCCUCCUCUGAGCUCACCAACGACGGGAGGACUACGUGUGACUCCACAGGAGCCAAAUGCAUCCGAACAGGCUCGAGCCAGUCGGCACUUUUCGCCAGGUGCUACACCACAGGGCCUGAAGAAUGCUGCGUUGCUGGAGUAUGAUGGAACUUUUGAGGUUGAGCUGGGGCGUGAUAAGGAUGGUGGAGUUUUUACCCUGUUGAGCUCCAAAAAAGUCGGGAAGAAAGUCUUUGCCGAACUGAAACGAUGGCCUGGCGCCAAGGUUGGCCCCAAAUUGGAUUUCGAGAGCCGCGUGUACUUGGAGGUAGUCGAACGUCUGCGAGAUCUCUACGGUUCCCGAUCUGUCAAGACUCCUCCAGAAUGGGUCCUCACGAUGUUGCCAGACUUCCGUAAGUAUGGGGCCCUGCAAGUGCCCAAGAAGGUGGCCCACGUGCUGCUGGCGGAUUUCAAAGCGCCAUUGCUGCCGGCUGACGCCUGCAGUCGCGAGGGGAACAAGGUCUUGCCCUAUCAACGCGAAGCAGUGGAGUUUGCCUUGAGCCGUGGCGGCCGUGUGCUGCUCGGGGACGAGAUGGGACUGGGCAAAACCGCGCAGGCCUUGACACUGGCUUCGCAAUUCCCCAAGGACUUCCCUUUGCUGGUGGUGUGCCCUUCCUCCUUGCGGGGCAACUGGUUGGAAGAAGCUUCGCGAUGGUUGCCUUCCUCGGUGCUUCCAGACCCGGAGCAGCACGUGCAGAUCGUGCGCAAGGGCUCAGAGAAGCUGCGGAUGAACGCGCGGGUGGUGGUGGUGAGUUAUGACUUGGUCGCUGCGCAUGAGACCUUUCGGCGCACACCUGCUGGCCGUCCCUAUCGCAUGGUGAUCUGUGAUGAGGCGCACUAUUUGAAGUCGCCGAGCUCACAACGAUCGCAGGCCCUGCGUCCCGUACUUCAAGGUGCCCGACGCUGCGCGCUCCUCACGGGAACGCCUGCCCUUGCGAAGGCCUCCGAACUAUACGCCUUGCUACAAAGCCUGCUUCCGGGCCUGUUGCCAGACGCUCACAACAAGUUCUGCCAGAGAUAUUGCAAUGAGAAGAAGAUCUACGUGGGACGACGGCAGGUGACGCAAUGGGAGGGUUCCCGUCUGGGCGACGAGCUGCAUGCCAUCUUGGAUAUGGUCAUGGUGCGGCGGUUCAAGUCAGAUGUCUUGCACCAACUGCCCGCCAAGCGGCGUCAACGCGUAGUGUUGGAGAAGCUAAGCAAUGAUCAGGGUGUUCUCAAAGAAUUGAAAGAAAAGAUGAGAGAUUUCCAAAGCCAUGAAGAUGGAAGCGCUCCACAGGGAAGCGCGCCGGAGCUGUUUAGGCUCACCGGCCUCGCCAAAAUGGCGGCCGUGGCGGAAUAUGUUCAAUACCUCGUCGAGGCGGAGUGCCGCUUCCUGCUCUUCGCACACCACCAGGCAGUGAUGGACACCAUGCAACAGACGCUGGAAAAAAUGAAGGUUGGAUUCAUUCGUAUUGAUGGAAAGACCUCGUCGCACCGCAGAGAAGAGCUGGUCAACGACUUCCGAUCCAAGAAGAAUUUGCAGGUGGCCUUGUUGUCGAUCACCGCCUGUGGCCAGGGCUUGAACCUGCAGGUGUGCUCUACUGUGGUCUUUGCUGAGCUGCAUUGGACACCGGGCGUUCUCUUACAGGCGGAGGAUCGAGCACAUCGCAUGGGGCAGAAAGAGUCAGUGAAUGUCCAUUAUCUCAUUGCCAAAGAUACUUUGGACGAGAGUAUGUACAACAUGUUGGAGCGGAAGCAGCACGAUGUGGGCGUGAUGCUGGAUGGCCAAGCCAGCCGUUUGGGUGCGCAGAAAGUGGGUCCUAAGGGCACCUUCAGCAAACCAGACGUGGAAGACUCCGCUGAUGCCGCAUCAGGUGCAGCGGAGCCCAGUGGGAGCGGCACUGGCAGCGAUACUAAGGGGCCAAAGCAACAGACGCUCUGUUUCAAGAAGCCGCAAGACGUGAUUGUGGCGCCCACCCUGGAGGUGGCGCCCUUGGCAGAUGCCACCCAGCCGACUGAUCCAAUCGAUGUUGACUGA